AUGCACGCCCGCUCAUUACCUCGAUGGAUCUCGCUCACCCCGAGGGCACGCUCUGUCCCCAGCUCAUCUCGCCCUCGGAUCGCAGCUUACUCUGACGUGUCUCCAUCGGAUCUCUCACCGGCACCUCCUUUGGAUCCCAGUCCGUGGAUUAAUGUACUGAAGAGUGCAAAAGACUUGCACGAUACCGCGAAGAAAGUGGUUGUAGACGCUGCCGCUUCUGAGGAUGUCCCUCUCGAUCGGAGAAUUAAGAGAAUCAAGCGGAAACCUUAUAAACCCAUGGAAGGCAAAUCUAUGAAGCCUGUGUCCGUUAAAGGCACACGUCACUCUUUGGAGCCAUCGGAUGGGGUAAUACUGCAGACCGGUGUUUGCCUUGAUCAGACAUUCAAGCCACUCAAGGAUGUCAACAAAUGGCGGAGAAAUCAUGUGCCAAAACUGGCGCAUGGUCUUGAGAAAGUCUUGUCAAGACAGGGUGUCCAUUGGCUCCGGGAUCCAGAAACCGAGAAAUACAACUUUGAUCAAAUCUUGGAGAAAAUUCCGCAACCCCACGAAUUCGCGUUCGACAGACUACCAGGCUUUGUGCCCAGCUCACAGGAUGAAUCGUUGAUCGCGUAUGCUCGAAAGUCCAAGUGCAAGUAUAUUGGGUCAACAUCCUCUCUCACUGGGAUCCUUACGCAAAUAUACCUGCUCCUGUCCGACGAGAAGCUUGUAAGCCUCGAUAACCUGAGCGCGGAAUUUGCAUCCGCUGCCCGAUUCUACACGCCCGGGCAACGAAUACCUGUAUCGGUCUUCCUUCGUUAUCAAGACGGUGUCUUCACAACAGAUAUUGAUGACGAGCGCGAUGAUGAUAAGUCGGAGAUCAUCCUUUUGCCUCUGGGUACGUUACUGGAGAAGUUCCUCACACUACCCAAGAAGACCUUCAACAAAUUCUUGAAAUCGCAUACCGCCGAGAACUAUCCACACCUGAAGGACGUCCACCGUUACGCGAAGCACGGCAAGUUCCUCAUGCGCUCUCAGCUCGAUUGCGUCGACGACUCGCUCCCCGGCACGGGCGUAUUCGACCUCAAAACGCGCGCGAUCUCGCCCAUCCGGCACGACGUCCGCAAUUACCUCAACUACCUCGACGUCUCCCUUACUUCGAUAACCGGCCGCCGUGGCACGUUCGAGGAGGAGUACUACGACAUGAUCCGCGCCGCGUUCCUCGAGUAUUCGUUCCAGGCGCGCAUCGGCAACAUGGACGGCGUGAUGGUCGCGUACCACAACACCGCGCGCAUCUUCGGCUUCCAGUACGUGAGCCUGAAGGAGAUGGACCUCUGUCUGUUCGGAAAGGAGGGUGCGGGAGCGAGGGUGUUCCAGCGGUGUGUGUGGAUCAUGGAGAUGCUCUACAAGCACAUCACGCAGUGCUUCCCCAACCAGUCGGUGAAGACCACGUUCGAGAAGGGCGGCAAGCUCCUCCGCGUAUGGGUCGAGCCCAUGGAGAACCCGAACCCGGGCGCGGAGCCGCCCGUCGUCGAGCUGCAGCUCUCGCUCACGAACAUCGUUCAUGGCAAGCCUGCCAGGGGCCCCCACGCCAUAUACUCCGAUAACCCUUGGUCGAUCCAGUACAAGCUCGAGCGCUUCGACCAACCGCAGGAGACCAUCCGUGCGCGGCGGGCGCGCGCAUACAAGCGGCAGGAGUCAAUCGCCGCGUCUCUCCCAGACCCAGAAGUGCAGGCCGACGCUGCGGAUACGUGCGUCGAGGAUACGGAAGGCAAUGGAUACAGUAGCAAACCCGCGAGUGAAGUGGAGGACUUGAGUGAUUUGCUUGGUUUGCGCCACUAA